CCUCUCCUGUCCGCGAGCCUUGGGUAUCUCCAGCUUUUUUCCGCCAGAGCUGUUUCCGGCCUCUGCCCACCAUGCCGUUCCUAGAGCUGCACACGAAUUUCCCCGCCAACCGAGUGCCCGCGGGGCUGGAGAAACGGCUGUGCGCCGUCGCUGCCUCCAUCUUGGGCAAACCUGCAGACCUUGUGAACGUGACGGUACGGCCGGGCCUGGCCAGGGCGCUGAGCGGGUCCACCGAGCCCUGCGCGCAGCUGUCCAUCUCCUCCAUCGGCGUAGUGGGCACCGCCGAGGACAACCGCAGCCACAGUGCCCACUUCUUUGAGUUUCUCGCCAAGGAGCUAGCCCUGGGCCAGGACCGGUGCGCAGGGGUAGUAGGCCCGGAAUAUUAUUCUAAAACACAAUCAGAGUACUCCAUUCCUGCUAACAGUUUAAAGCCAAACACCUAGACAGGCCAUUUAGGCUUCUGAAUGACUGGGUCUUGACCAGGAGAGCUGCUGUCUAGGUUUUCUCCUCCUGACCAGUUCCUCAAGAGAAAUGCAAAACUAGUGAUUAACAGUAAGAGUCAGGCAGGGCGCGGUGGCUCACGCCUGUAAUCCCAGCACUUUGGGAGGCCGAGGCGGGCGGAUUAUGAGGUCAGGAGAUCGAGACCAUCCUGACUAACACGGUGAAACUCCGUCUCUACUAAAAAUACAGAAAACUAGCCGGACGUGGUGGGCGCCUGUAGUCCCCGCUACUCGGGAGACUGAGGCAGGAGAAUGGCGUGAACCCGGGAGGCGGAGCUUGCAGUGAGCCGAAAUUGCACUACUGCACACCAGCCCGGGCGACAAAGCGAGACUGUCUCAAAAAAAAUACCAAAAAACAAGCAAAAGAAAACAAAACAAAAACAGUAAGAGUCGUCCCAACGCAGUGGCUUAUGCCUGUAAUUCCAGCACUUUGGGAGGCCGAGGUAGGCAGAUCACCUGUGGUUGGGAGUUCGAGACCAGCCUGACCAACAUGGAGAAACCCUGUCUCUACUACAAAUACAAAAUUAGCUGGGCAUGGUGGUGCAUGCCUGUAAUCCCAGCUACUCAGAAGGCUGAGGCAGGAGAAUCACUUUAACCCGGGAGGCGGAGGUUGUGGUGAGCUGAGAUUUUGCCACUGAACUCCAGCCUGGGCAAAAAGAGCAAAACUCCUUCUCAAAAAAAAACAAAAAACACACACACACAAAAUCCAAAAACCAGUAAGGGUCAUGUCCUGGGAGGCUAACUCAGCCGACUGUUAGGUCACCAUGCUUAUAGCCAAGAAAUGUGGGAUGCUGCUGGGCCCUGAGCGGUCAGAUAAACUACUUUCUCUGAUAAUUAGAAGGCUAUAGGAAAUGUUUUGUUUUGUUUUGGGUUUCUUUGUGUGUUUUUAGAGACAGGAUCUUGUUCUGUUGCCCCAGGCUGGAGUGCUAUGGCUCAAUCAGAGCUCACUGCAGCCUCGAACUCCUGGGCUCAAGCAAUCCUCCUACCUCAGCCUCCCAAGUAGCUAGAACUACAGGUAUGCAUCACCACGCCUGACUAAUUAAAAAAAAAAAAUUUCUUUUGGCUGUGUGCGGUGUCUUGGCACCCGUAAUCCCAGCACUUUGGGAGGUAGAGGUGGGAGCAUCUCUUGAGCACAGGAGUGCAGGGCUAGCCUGGGCAACAUGGCAGGACCCUGUCUCUACAAAAAUAAAAAAGAAA